UUUUUCUGAAAUAGGGAAGACCAUAGAAAUCCAAACCUAAAAGAAAGCGUGAGAAAGAUGAAGCUAAGCUCUUCUGCAUGUUCUAUAGCGCGUAUACCCUCUCUCUUUGCGAGUCUCUGCAGGCCCAUUUGCUCUACUUCACUAUCAUUAUCCCCUUCUUCUCUGAAACCCACAACGCCACUCUUUUUACGCCCUCCUACAUUCUCAACCUCUUUAUCGGAACUUAACAAAUGGCAUCACUGGGCCAAAAACCUUGCUUCCUCAGUUGGGUCUUCUUUUGUUCACUUAGACAACGGCCCAGACUCCACUCUUCUCUGUCGAGAACUCAGGUGGCUCUUAGAAGACUCGCUUGAAGACCACUCACUAAUAUCUCAAUUGGGUAGUCAAAAUUAUCACAUGGAUGUAAGGCUAAGGGCAUCUUUGGAUGAACUCUAUGUUCUUUGGAGGCAGAGGAUUGAAGAGAGGAGACCCUUUCAGUACAUCGUUGGGUGUGAGCAUUGGCGAGAUUUGGUUUUGAGUGUACAAGAAGGGGUCCUGAUUCCAAGGCCAGAAACAGAAUUAAUCGUUGAUUUGGUGAAAGAUGUGGUCUUGGAUAGUCGAGAGUUGAAAGAAGGUUUGUGGGCAGAUUUGGGUACCGGUAGUGGUGCUAUUGCAAUUGGCAUUGGAAGGAUUCUUUGGAGUCAGGGAAGAGUAAUUGCUACUGAUUUAAGCCCAGUGGCAGUGGCGGUAGCCACUUAUAAUGUCCUUAGAUAUGAUCUAAAGGAUAUGAUUGAGGUAAGGAAAGGAUCUUGGUUUGAGCCAUUAAAGGAUGUUGAAGGAAAACUUGCAGGUGUUGUGAGUAACCCCCCAUAUAUACCUAGUGAUGAUAUCUCUAGGUUGCAAGCUGAAGUUGGUCAGCAUGAACCAAGGCUUGCAUUAGAUGGUGGUGUUAGUGGCAUGGAUGAUCUUCUUCAUCUUAGCAAUGGAGCUGUUUCAAUGUUGAAACCUGGGGGUUUUUUUGUUUUUGAGACAAAUGGUGAGAAGCAAUGCCAGUUUCUCGUAGAUUACAUGGAAAAUAAUAAUCCUGGAAAAUUUUGCAAUGUGAACAUAGUAUCCGAUUUUGCUGGUAUCCAACGGUUUGUAACAGGUUUCAUCAAUGAUAAAUGUCACUGAUAAAUGCCUCUCUACAUUGGAUACUGGAAAUAGGAGAAGAAAAAGAUAAGCUGCUCUUAUUGUGGAAUUUGUGCUUCAUUUCAACUGCUACUAAGUAAGAAGAAUCAUAGAGGCAGCUUACACAGUUAGAAUGGUAAUGAAGGAGUUUGGACUGGAACUUGCUGAAUAAUCAAUGAUAGGUCCUGUUUACGCUGCUGUCCAAUGGAUCUGUCAUGGAUAAUGAUUCACUGCAUUUCCUUGAAGAAAGGCUUGUGUUUGCUGCUUAUCAAAUUCUUUGCGGUGUCAUUUUGCUUGAAUUUGCCAUCGAUGCUAUGGAAAGCUUGAGUUUACAAAAUUCCAUGCAUCUCAACAUUAACUGUUCAAGGAGGCUGGGACAAAUAUCUUGAAAAAGUUUUCAGAAACAAUCAAUUGUUUGUCUCAAUGAUAGUUCAAGAAUUGGUGACUGCAGUGGUACUUUUAUAUUAUAUUCUUGAGUAAGAGUUUAUUGCUAUGUUCUAUAA